AUGGAGGCGGUAUACCCCGCGUCUGCGUCGGCGCUGGCGCGAGGGCGCCGCCGGCGCCGCCAGGAGUCGCGGCUGCGCCACCGCACCACGCCAGUCACCUUCGCCGAGAUUAAGGAAGUGGACGAGGAGCAGGAUCUGUGCGAAUCGGCGGAGGUGUUGGCGGCGAGCGAGCGGCGACGGAGGCCCGACGAGCUGGUGGAGCUGUCGCGGGAGUUCGCGGAGUUCCGGCGGCGGCGCGCCUGGCGCUCCGCCCUCCGGGAGCCCGACGAGGCGGCGGAGGCCUCGCACCCGCCGCCCGACGAGGCCCCACAGCCGCGCCCCGCCGCCACGGACGCUCCGACGCAAAACUCCGCGCCCGCCAGAACUCACGUGCCACUUACUCGAGCAUCAAGCGAACCGACC